UUAUGGCAUCGCGUUGAAAUAUUUUGUAGAAGAAAGACAAGAAACAGAGAAGAAGCAGAAGAAAUAUAUACAUAUAUAUAUGUGUAUAUAUAUGUUUUCAUAUAUAUACAUGUAUGUAUAUAUAGCUACACACUUCUCGGCGCUAAAUGUCUGAUCUUUAAAUUAACUUAAUUAACUGUAAUUAUAGUAAGUUAUAUUUAAAAAAAAAAAACCCCAAAAAACCUCCAAAAACAAAACAGAAUUGUGAUACAGAAGUGAAGGACACAAGAAACAAAAAUGCCAAGUAAAAGAAAACGGCCGACCCAAAAUGUGGACAACAAAAACGAGGACUCUGAUCUCUCAACUCCAGUUCCCAAUAAGAAGAAGAAGAAAGCCCCUUAUGAUCCCAUUGAAAUCUGUCAAGACCUUUACGAAACGAUACGGAAUUACAAGACAGAAGACGGCCGUUUGCUGUGUGAAGCCUUUAUAAGGGCCCCUAAACGAAGAACUGCUGCCGAUUACUAUGACGUAGUGAGUACACCCAUUGAUCUCUUGAAGAUUCAACAGAAAUUAAAGACUGAUGAAUACGAUGAUUUGGAACAGUUUGCUGCUGACAUCGAACUGAUGGUCAACAACACGAAAGCUUAUUACAGAAAAAGUUCCCAGGAGUACAAGGACGCUUGUGACUUAUGGGAGAUAUUCCAGGCAACACGGAAUGAACUGAUAUCCGAAGUGUUUGGUGACCCCUCCCCUGCUCCCAGUAUGCCCAUGGCCACCCCCACUGCCACUACAUCUGUUGUCUCCAUGCCGACCCCUCCGACGCCACAACCCCCCAUCAGUUGUGCAGCUGCUGCAGCCGCAGCGGCCACCGCUGCCGUAGCCGCUGCGGCUGCCGAGUCCGCAGCGGCAGCCGCUGCCGCUACUGCAGCCGCAUCUGCCUCCGCGCCGCCAAGCGGGGGAACGGGGGCCAACAUGACACCAGGCCCCGAGCGGAGGCGGAGUGCCAGGAAGAACCAGAUGGAGGCUGUCGGAGGCAGUGGCGGCGGCGGCGGAGGAGCAGGAGUGGUGAUGGGAGGAGUAGGAGGAGGAGUGGGGAUGGUUGGGACUGUUGUUGGAAGUGGUGUGCAAGCUCAGGCUCAGCGAGGGGGCGGUGGAGGAGGAGAUGACGAAGACAUGGAAGACGACGAGGAAGAUGAUGAAAUGUCGAAGGACGGGGUCUCGCUGCUGGCGUCGGCAGCGACCCCAACCUCGCAUGCGCAACCAUCCGUUGCCGCCGGCAUCGCGACCACCAUGGGUACGCCAAGCGCCACUUCCACGCCCACCACUACCACAGAGCAUGUCCUCUCCAAUGAAGAUGCCUUGGAGAUCAACCAACUCUACACAGCCAUUAUAACAGCUAAGGACGGUGAGCGUGACAUUAGCGAAGUUUUCCAGCGUCUUCCUCCGAGAUCUAAGUACCCGAAAUACUACGAGAUCAUCAAGGACCCUAUUGAUCUCAAACUGAUUGCCCAACGUAUCCAGGAAGAUUACUAUACCAGUGUAACCAGCCUGGAGAAGGACCUCCUGCUCAUGAUCAAGAAUGCCAAGACGUUCAAUGAACCUCGAUCGCAAGUAUACCGGGACGCCGUCGCUUUGCGGAAGCUCAUCAUGAACCGUAAACAUGAAUCGGAUGUGAGGAAGGCAGUUAAGAGCAGUGCCCGGAUCAGAGAGUUACAGAACAUCCAGAAACACUGCCUAAAAGACCAGUGCGAAACCGAGAGUGACCUGUCCAGUUGGCAGGGCAGCACUGGUUCCUACGACGAGGACUGCUUUGACUACGACGACCGAACUCUCUGGUCCUUAUAUUUCACUGUCAAAAACUACAAGAACGCCCUCGGUCAAAACUUGGCUGAGCCAUUUUACAAGUUACCCAGUCAAAGACAAUAUCCGGAUUACUAUGAAGAGAUUAAACAACCGAUGGCCCUGUUUAAUGUUCGCAAGAAGAUAAAGAAACUCAAGUACAGAAAUCUAGACGAGCUGGCAGCUGAUAUGAACUUAAUCUUUGAGAAUGCCAGACAUUAUAACACUGAUGAGUCUUCUCUCUACAAGACCUAA